AUGUCUGAGGCUGGCGCGGCCGGGCCGGGAGCCGCCGCUGCGGCCGCCGCCGCCGCCGCAGGAGGAGGAAGCAGCGUCGGGGGCAACGGCGGCGGCGCCGGAGCGCUGCAGCAGGGCUCCCCGGCCGCGGGGGGGUUAGCCGCUUGCGGACCCGCCCGAGCUGUUAUCGCUGCAGCCGCCGCUGCUACUGCUGAGAGCCCUGCAGGAGGAGGCAGUGGAGGUGGCGGCGGCGGCGGCGGGGGGGCCCCCGGCUCGGCUCGCAUCGCGGGGAAGAAGGCGCAGCUCCGCUCCGCACCCCGCGCCAAGAAGCUAGAGAAGCUGGGCGUCUACUCCGCCUGCAAGGCUGAUGAAUCUUGUAAAUGUAAUGGCUGGAAAAACCCUAACCCACCUCCUACACCACCCAGGGCAGAUCUGCAGCAAGCAGUUGUGAGUCUUACGGAACCAUGUCGUAGCUGUAAUCAUGCACUAGCUGCUCAUGUUUCCCAUUUGGAGAAUGUUUCUGAAGAAGAAAUGAACAGGCUGUUGGGGAUUGUGCUGGAUGUUGAGUAUCUUUUCACCUGUGUUCACAAAGAAGAAGAUGCAGAUACUAAGCAAGUCUACUUCUACUUGUUCAAGCUUUUGAGGAAGUGUAUAUUACAGAUGGGGAAACCUGUUGUAGAAGGAUCUUUGGAAAGUCCCCCAUUUGAGAAGCCAAGUAUUGAACAGGGAGUUAAUAAUUUUGUGCAAUACAAAUUUAGUCACCUUCCAUCAAAAGAGAGACAGACAAUAGUGGAGUUGGCUAAAAUGUUUCUAAAUCGCAUCAACUACUGGCACUUGGAGACACCUUCCCAGCGAAGACAGAGGUCACCUAAUGAUGACAUUGCUGGCUAUAAAGUUAACUACACACGGUGGCUGUGUUACUGCAACGUCCCCCAGUUUUGUGAUAGUCUACCUCGAUAUGAAACCACACAGGUCUUUGGGAGAACGCUGCUUCGCUCAGUCUUUACUGUCAUGAGACGGCAGCUCUUAGAACAUGCGAGACAGGAAAAAGACAAACUCCCACUGGAGAAACGAACGCUAAUCCUCACACAUUUCCCCAAAUUCCUGUCCAUGCUGGAGGAAGAGGUGUAUAGUCAAAGUUCUCCUAUCUGGGAUCCAGAUUUCAUAGCAUCUUCUUCUCGAAGUGCUCAGCUAGGCAUCCAGACAGUCAUUAGCCGUCCUCCUGUGGUGAGGUCUGUUUCAUACAGUGCGAGUCCCUCAUCUCUAGAUCAACCCAGUGGAGGAAGCAUGAGUCCUGCUUGCAAGGUUGCUUCUGGCCUGGACCCAAACUUAGGAGAGAAGAGAAAAAUUAUUGAGUCUUAUUCCGUGGAAGAUGCUAAGAAGCCAAGAGUUGUAGGAGAUAUUCCUAUUGAACUAAUCAAUGAAGUGAUGUCAACCAUUACAGAUCCAGCUGCAAUGCUUGGUCCAGAGCAGGCAAAUUUUCUAUCUGCACACUCAGCCCGGGAUGAAGCAGCCAGGCUGGAGGAACGCAGGGGAGUGAUUGAGUUUCAUGUUGUUGGAAAUUCCCUUAAUCAAAAGCCAAAUAAGAAAAUUAUGAUAUGGCUGGUUGGCUUACAGAACGUAUUCUCACAUCAGCUACCCAGAAUGCCAAAAGAGUAUAUUACUCGUCUAGUCUUUGAUCCGAAACACAAGACUCUUGCAUUAAUAAAAGAUGGCCGUGUGAUUGGUGGUAUUUGCUUCCGGAUGUUCCCUUCUCAAGGAUUUACAGAAAUUGUUUUCUGUGCUGUGACUUCUAAUGAACAAGUCAAGGGUUAUGGAACUCACCUAAUGAAUCAUCUGAAAGAGUAUCACAUUAAGCAUAAUAUUCUCAACUUUCUUACAUAUGCAGAUGAAUAUGCAAUUGGCUACUUCAAGAAACAAGGUUUUUCAAAAGAUAUUAAAGUACCAAAAGCAAAAUACGUUGGCUAUAUCAAGGAUUAUGAAGGAGCAACUUUAAUGGGAUGUGAAUUAAAUCCAAGGAUACCAUACACUGAAUUUUCAGUCAUCAUUAAGAAACAGAAAGAGAUUAUUAAAAAGUUGAUUGAAAGGAAGCAAGCUCAGAUUCGGAAGGUUUAUCCUGGUCUUUCUUGCUUUAAAGAUGGAGUACGACAGAUCCCCAUAGAAAGUAUUCCUGGAAUUAGAGAGACUGGCUGGAAACCAAGUGGUAAAGAGAAAGGUAAAGAACCCAAAGAUCCAGAUCAGCUUUACAGCAUACUAAAAAACGUUCUACAACAGGUCAAGAGUCAUCAAAGCGCUUGGCCUUUCAUGGAACCAGUGAAAAGAACAGAAGCUCCCGGAUAUUAUGAAGUUAUAAGGUUUCCCAUGGACUUGAAAACUAUGAGCGAACGACUUAAGAACAGGUACUACGUGUCUAAAAAGUUAUUCAUGGCAGAUUUGCAGCGAGUCUUUACUAACUGCAGAGAGUACAACCCACCUGAAAGUGAAUACUACAAGUGUGCCAAUAUACUGGAGAAAUUCUUCUACACAAAAAUUAAAGAAGCUGGAUUAAUUGACAAGUAAUGAUUGUCCUUAUCUCAUGCAAUCAAGAUACGUAAUUUAAGAGCAGAAUAUGCAGUUAAUCUUUCAAUAGAAUUGGAACUUGUGUUUUAAAUAAAUUUGUUUUAUUAACUAGCACUUUUAAAACAUGUAAUAUAGAAGAGUUUAUUUUAUUACAGUCUUUUUAAAUGUACACUUGCAUGCCCUUUUGCAGUGUAUUCAAUUUUUAUUAGAUGUAUUGCACAAACAGUUUGGAAAUUUGGAAAGGGAGUUUUUUCCAAGCAGUGAAUGUUUAAGCUUAUUGUAAUGCAGUAUCAAAUUGUAAUAUAGCUUUUUAUUUUUUACAGCAAAGAUGCUGUUGAAGGGGAAAUGAGUUUUUAUAUAUAUAUUUUAAAGAAACAUUCAAACUAAGAGAAGGUGCUAUGAAAGGAUAAGGAAGAACUGUAAGCUAGAAGGAUGAAAUCCCUAAAUAGAUGCAAACUUCCUCUGUGAAUUUGGUCCUUGUUGCUUGCAUUUGCAAAGAAAAUCUUAUAAGAUAUGUAGCAUCAUGCUAACUUUAACUGUGUAGGUCAUGUUCCCAGAAGGACUUCAAAAUCUGUGGUAGUCACAAACUAUUAUUGUUCAGUCUUUUAUAGAGCCAACAAAAAAAAGCAUAUUAAAAAUGAACCAAUCAACUUUUCUACUCUUAUACCCCAGUCCAGUAGUUGCUUUGCCUCUAUAGGUUUUUAUGCAUGAAAAGCCAUUCUGCCUCAGUCACACUAGGUGCUGCAAUGUGUGGGUGAAAAGGACAGAUACAGAAUUCUGCUUUUAGGUUAACACUAGAUCCCGCAGGUGAUACAUCUGAGGCACACAUGCAUCUUACUAGCGCAAUAUGAUCUUUGGUAUCCCUACCCAAGUGUGGUGGUGCAUUCCCAUCAAUCUUGAUGCAGAUGGGAAUGUGUUACUUCAACUAUUACAACAGGUGCUGCUUCAGUUUUCUCUCAGAGUGCUAUUUGCACACAAUGCCUUGUUGCAUGCAACUUUUUCUGGAUUAGGGCCAUAUUUGACACUUUCAAAGGUUUUGUGAACUUUAUAAAAGCAAUUUUGACCAUACCCUCUCCCAGUGUUAACUUCUGUCUUGUAUAUUGGUUAUAUUAAACUAAUUUUCAACCAAAGCUCUAAAACAAAUGUUUACUAGAUUAUUAUUAAUUACCACAUCUAUAUUUUUAGCUAUCCCUUGUAUUAUACAUAGGAAAUGCACUUCCAUUCAUGCAAAUAGUUGUUUGUGUGGGAUGAAGAAAUAUCGACUAACCACUGAGUUUUACUACAAUGUCUCUCACAACACUGCGAAGAGAGGAAGAAAAUCUAAUCACUUUGAUUUCUUCUCCCUAAUUUAUAUUUCUACAAUGGCAUUGGAGGACUAGAAUUUCAUGCUGUUUUUAUAUUUACUGAAAUAUUUCACUAGUAAACUGCUGUAGAAAAGUAGCAAACUGCAUUGCAAAAGGAAUAUCAUUUUUUUCAAGACUUCUAUAGUAGUGUUUAUUCUAAUUCUAAAACUAGAUGACCUUGGUAGAAGGAAAUGGUACAAAAAUAGUCAAAAUGGUAACAUAGAAAUGCCUUAGUGCUUUAUAUAAAAUCAAAUUUAUUUGGCUUUGUAUUUAAAGGUACAAUGAUGCAACUGUGUAUUAGAGUAUUUAAGUAGUAAUUUUCAAGUAUUUUGUAAACUGGGCCAACAAAAUCACCUCUUAAGCUUGAUAUCCUGUGAAAGUGUUAUUUUCAAAGAUUCUUAUUGUCUUGAAAUUAGAGUCUCUUCUAUAUUGAAAACAUUUGGUUUCUAAUUUAAAGAUUAUUUUCAUAGAUAUUGUGCAAUAAAGCUAUAUAUAGUACAAUGUGUUUUAAAAAUGCUUUAACUGAAAUUUUACAUUUGUAAAAUUAUUUAUUGUACUGGUAUAAAAUGGUUUUAAAUUAUAUGUAUAAAAUUAAUCUUGUGUGCUAUUUUGUAACUUGCUUAUAAAAAAAACCCUUAAGUAUU